AUGCUUCCUGGCGCGCGUGUGCAGUGCCGCUCUGUACUCUUCCUGAUCUUCGUCUCUUCCGUCCUGGCAGAAGAAGCUCUGAGGCGUCAGUGCUCGACGGAGUAUGGUGCUGCCUUCAGGGAUUUUCUUCGUGAGAGUGGGGCACACAUGCGAAACGACCUAGCCACGUCUCUGGAGGUGCAUGGGUUGGUUCUAGAUGCAGCCGAAGCGCAGCUGCUGCGAUGCCGGUCCCUCCGAGGUGGAGGCCGCUAUUGGGACAUCGAGCUAAAGUUGCACGAGUACCUGUCGUCUGUGAACUGGACCUGGACUUACGGGUCUGGAAAGGAGGGAGAGGCCCUCGGCCGACUGAUGCCCUUCGGCCUCUGCGCACCGGCGUCUUGCUCGCUUCAAGCCUUGCAGUCGGAAGUGGUGCCUCGAUUUGUCGGGCACAUGCUGGGAUUGAACACCACGACCAUCUGGCUGGGUGCGCCAUCCGAUGCGGUGCUCAAGACUCGCGAGCUUGUCCUUUGGCAGGAGCUCCCGCUCGACUUUGUGAUCGCGGGCAUCGACCGCUGUGGCACCAGUUCCCUGCACCACAAUCUGGGCCAGCACCCAGAGAUCGCCUUCCUGAAGCCCUUCGGGGAGGACUCUUUGCUUCUGUUUCACCGGAGUCUUCCUAGUCGGCAGGAGCUGGAGGUCUGCCACAUGCGGCGAGCUGAGCAUGCACGUGCACGACUGUUGGGUUCACGCCAUUCCGGAAUCUUCACGAGACGGAGCCUGUUGCACGGGCUUCGAAGAGUCCCAGAUCUUCGGAUGAUUCUCAUCCUCUGCGAACCGAUGGGCCGCCUGGAGCGAUUCUUCUUGGUGGACACUCUCCAGCCUUGUCGAGUGAGACACGAGGUGCCAUCGCCAUCGACUCCACCGCGCUGUUGGACCAGCGUGGCAGCGGCAUUGGAUGACCCACAUGGCGGAUUUGAGUCCGAGGAGCACAGGCAAAAGCUCCAAAGCAAUCCGAACGGCGCGCAGCACCCGCUUCUAGAGCGCCAUCGUUUCGGCCCGUCCCUCCCAGGUAUUCGGAAACUCUUCCGAGACCGAGUCUUGAUGAUUCACCAGGACUCGCUUCGAAGCAGUGCCAGGGAGACCUGGAAUCGCAUCGCAAGCUUUUUGGGGGCAUCUCCCUUUCCUUCUCAGGCGCAGUUCCCGAGAAAGAAUGCACUUCCCGGCCACCGCACAGACCUCUGCCACAAUGCAUCGGCAGUUCGGCGCCUUAAGCGGAUCCUGGAGCCCGAGUACCAAGCCAUCGAAGAGGCUCUGCAGCUGUCUGGCGAAGCUGUUCCACCUGGUCUCCGAGAACGGCAGUCGCGCUGUGAGCGCGAGGGCUUGACAAAGCAACGCCGAACAAAGGAAGCUCCGAUCUCAGCUCUUGGUCCUUUUGUGUAG